ACACUUCGUUGCUAAGUAACUAUAAACAGCCCAGUAGGAGAUAAUAACCGCCACUCAACUGUCCCGUUUAGAAGACAUAAAAAUUAUAAACAGCCGUCGCUUUUCAUAAAUCCUUGGCAGCAGCUAAUUUAGUUUUUAAUUGACUUGCAUGUCACACUCUGGGACCAAACACAUUUUAGUUUACUGUCCAGGCAAAACUCAGAGGAGACGGAUUUGAAACUUUUUGGGAAGAACACAAAACAGAAGGAAAGUCUGGCCAUGCACUCUUUUCAGAAAGGCACUUCCAGGGGCCAGGCAGGGCCAGAGCAAGAUCAUGGCAAACAGAAGCUAUUUGGGACGGCUAAGUCUUUACCUGUGUCUAAUGUACCUGGAUCUCUGGCACCUGUUGAUGUGGAGCAGCUGAGGGCUAGACUUAUCUCAGCAGUGCCCAGACAUCCACAGCCGAACGCUGAUGCUCUGGUAUUCCCACACAGAACCAAGGCUCAGGAGAGACAGUUGACCACACAAAGACCAGCACAAGUUGAGAUGUUGCCGAUUCUGAAGAGACGCAGUGAAUAUAUGAAACCUGAGAACAUCCAAAGGUUCAACUUGAGCCCUAAGAAGCCUUUUUCCUCUGAUGAGUUCCAGUCCAUUGAUGCUGCCCUGGAGAGAGAACCUUCUCCACUACAGCUGCCCAGAAUUCCUGACCAUGUCAAAGAUAGACAGGCGCAGUUGACUCAGGGCUCGCUCAGGAUUCCAUCCCCUCCUAAAAGAACAAAGAGCUCCUCUAGAGGUUGUCCUGUUACAGUUUCACCUCUGAGCUACACCCCCUCUCCACCAUUCUCUAGUUCACUGCUUUUCAACUCAGUAGAGGAAGUUAUUCGUGCCAAAAUUCGCUCCCCACCCGACAUUGUCCAAACCAUCCGGAAUAACCCUCACUUGGGAUUCCUUUAUGUGACGUCUGCAGCUCCUAAAUCAUCCAUUAAAUUUGACACAUACAACCUCAAAAUUGCAAUGUUUGACAAUGUCAACAAGUCAGACUACUAUACGGUCAGUACCCAUGCAGUGAUGCACUACUGUGGGUCUGAGGUGGACUAUUUGCCCUUAGAACGCUGGGAGCAGGAAUACCAAUUUCACAGGAAGCUUCUGCGCAUCCCUGUGUUUUUCCUCUUCCGCAAGUGGAAGGCUUUCCGUGUGUGGCGUGCCAAUGUGCGCAAUAAAAAAAUCAGCAAAUGCAUACGCUCAUUGCAAGAGCAUCUCUUCAUUCUCAAUGAGACUCUGCGACCAGCACUGAUUGACAUCAGGGAAAUGUGUUACCACAUCAGUGACAUGCCUCUGUGUCGGCUAGAGAAAGACCGCACUUACAGACUUGAGGAGUUUCAGAGCGCACAAUACAAACAGCUGGAGGAGGUGUCCUGCCGUCUUGAAAAGUUCAGAAAGCUUGUAAUGGAAGUGGCAAGAAGUGCCUGUCGAAAUGCUUUGAAGGAGUUUGGACACACACCUGACUAUGGCGACUUGGAGACUGAUGGUGAUGAAGAGUUAGCAUCACCUGCUUUUGGAUUGUUCUUUGAGGACACACCUGAGAAGAUGAGUUACACACAACAAGCAAACAAGAGAUACUACUGCGAACGUCUUACUUGUUUCAUCAGAAUGACUGAUUAUCUGAUUGUGAACACCACACACAUGCUUGUGGUCAACUCGGUCAGUAAGCUACUGAGUGUGUUUCAGGAGCAUAUCACACACACCCCUUCACUCGCCCUCAUCCAGAGCUGGGCAGGCAGCGAGACCAGCUAUGAUCCUGACAAAAAGGUCACAGCAGAGCAGAAUGGCAGUGUUUCCCACCAGCCAAUGUUUAUAACUGAACUGAUGCUGGACACACAAUCCUUAUCAUACCAGCCCUCCAUGGAUGACUUCCUGGAGUGUGUAGCAGAGAUUACUGGGCGGUUUGAGAACACAGUUUUGUCUUUGGAUACUCUGGUGCAAGACAGCUACUUUGAUGCUUUUACUCAACCCAUUAUCAACAAAAAGGUUGAGGAGAAGACAUGUGGGGAUGGCCCUAGUCUUGCGGAAAUCCUGGAAGAUGACACUUAUCUGCAGGACAUCAUACUCAAUAUUAAGCAAUCGAUUCAGAUGGCAUUUGAUACCGCUAAUGUGUAUGCUCGUACAUUUGAGCCGUUCAGACUGUUUUACAAAGAGAAUGAAGACCUGGACCUGGAGGCUCUCAAAGAGCAAGACCAUGAGGUUGCAUUUUUUGGGAACAGUCUGAAUAAAUAUCAUCGAGAGCAUAAAGAGGCUUUAGCCAUCAAACAGAAAAGACCCCUGGGAAUUCUGCUGGUGGAUACUACACAACUGAAGCACAAACUUAUACCAUCCCCUCUGCGCUGCAUAGAGGUCAUUAAUGACAUCCUACCUCGGCUAGCAAAGAAAAAGAUGGAUGCCAUCAUUGCAGAAGCUCAGGAUGCCCAGUUCAAACUGGACUUUGUUCCAACAGGAACCAACGAAUACGUCAACUCCCUCACCUUCCUAGAGGAAAUUCAGAAGAGGAUUGAGGUGCUGGAAAAGGAGACCAUGACUGUCUGUGAGAUGUACAAGUUGAUCGAGUGUUACUCUGUCCCCACCCCUCCUGAGGAUAUUGCAGUGUAUGCCACAUUGCCGCCAUGUGUAACUGCCUUAAAAAACACCAUCGAAAAGGCGGUGGGAGAGCGGGACUCUUAUGUGGAAAAAUUUUGCCAGCACAUCCAGCAAGAUAUCAACCACCUUAACAAGAAUGUGCAGGCAGUGAAAGAGCAAGCAGAGAAUCAUCAGCUCCUUGAAAUUGAUGCAGAUCGCUCUAACAUACGCCGACUGCUGGGAGAUAUUCAGAUUUCUAUUGAUGAGUUGCAGACUCAAGCCUUCAAAUAUAAAACCUACCAGAAGAACUUUAAGGUGGAGGUGACUAAAUAUGAGGCUCUAGAGGGACUGACUGCUGAAGUGAAGCUGAAGCAGCUACUCUGGGACUCUCUGGAAGAGUGGGAAAAUCUAGAGAACAGCUGGUUGCAGAAUAAGUUUGAUGAGCUGGACCCAGAAUUGCUGAGCAGGCAGGUGAACAAGUUUGCCAAAUAUGUCAGCCAGCUGGAAAAAGGACUGGCACCAAACAAUGUGGUGCCCUGCCUCAAAGAGAUUGUGGAGAGCAUGCGAGAAAAGUUGCCAGUGAUCACAGACCUGCGUAACCCAUGUCUGAAAGCUCGUCAUUGGGAAAUUCUGGAGGAAAUUGUGGAAGCCAAACUACUGGAAGAGCCACUGACUCUCGCCUUCCUGGAAGAACUCAACAUCUUUAACUUUGGACCACAAAUACAGGAGGUGUCCGCACAAGCCUCAGGAGAAGCAUCUCUCGAGAACAUUCUGAGAAAGAUUGAGGAAUCCUGGAAGACGACAGAGUUUGUGGUACUGUCUCAUCGGGACUCCAAGGAUGUGUUUAUCCUCGGAGGAACUGAUGAUAUUCAGGUGCUUCUCGAUGACAGUAUAGUCAAUGUGGCCACAGUUGCUUCAUCCCGUUACGCAGGCUCCAUCAAGGCCAGAGUAGACAAGUGGCAGAGACAGCUCUCUCUUUUCAGCCAGACCUUGGAUGAGUGGUUGGCAUGUCAGAGAAGCUGGCUUUAUCUUGAGAGUAUUUUCAGUGCUCCUGACAUCCAGAGGCAGUUGCCUGCUGAGUCUAAGAUGUUCCUGCAAGUGGACAAGUCCUGGAAAGAGAUUAUGAGGAAGGUCAACCGCAUACCCAAUGCCCUUCGUGCUGCCACACAAACAGGGCUUUUGGAUAUUUUCCAGAAUAAUAACGCACUCCUGGAGCGGAUACAGAAAUGCCUGGAGGCUUACUUGGAGUCCAAGAGAGUUAUCUUUCCAAGGUUCUACUUCCUGUCUAAUGAUGAACUGUUGGAGAUUUUGGCUCAGACGCGGAACCCUCAGGCUGUGCAGCCUCAUCUCAGGAAGUGUUUUGAUGCUAUAUCACAGCUGGAGUUCGGCCUGCUUACCUCUACAACACAUGGAGAGGGCGAGACUGGCGAAAAAAUACAGUACACUAAUGACAUCUUAGCCAUGGUGUCACCUGAGGGAGAAAAGGUGGUACUGGGGAAAGGGCUAAAGGCUCGUGGAAAUGUAGAGGACUGGUUGGGAAAGGUGGAGGAGGCCAUGUUCUCUUCUCUUAGGAGACUCAGUAAGGCUGCAAUUGCUGACUACCAGAGCAAAGCCAGAGUGGAGUGGGUUGUGGCUGGGCAUCCCUCACAGGUGGUGUUGACCAUCUCCCAGCUCAUGUGGUGCAGAGACAUGGACAACUGUCUAGAGGGAGAUCAUGACCACUAUCAGGCGUUACAAGAAUUUGAGCUCACCAACUUUGAGAGACUGAAUGCUCUUGCUGCUCUGGUCCGUGGGAAUUUGCCUAGUCUUCAUCGAAACAUCAUCACAGCUCUCAUCACCAUAGAUGUGCACGCCAGAGACAUUGUCACAGAGCUUGUCAAAGAGAAGGUGGACUCGAGCGAUAAUUUCGAGUGGCAGAGGCAGUUGCGGUAUUAUUGGGAUGUAGACUUGGACGACUGUGUGGCUCGGAUGGCUCUCUCUCAAUAUGUCUAUGGAUAUGAAUAUUUGGGAGCGUGUCCUCGUCUGGUGAUCACUCCACUGACGGAUCGAUGUUACCUCUGCCUGAUGGGGGCGCUGCAGCUAGAUCUGGGAGGAGCUCCUGCAGGUCCAGCUGGCACAGGCAAAACUGAGACCACUAAAGACCUUGCGAAAGCUCUGGCAAUCCAGUGUGUCGUCUUUAACUGCUCAGAUGGACUCGACUAUAAGAUGAUGGGGACGUUCUUCAGUGGAUUGGCUCAGUCAGGUGCCUGGUGCUGCUUUGAUGAGUUCAAUCGCAUUAACAUCGAGGUACUGUCAGUUAUCGCUCAACAACUCAUCACUAUCAGAAAUGCCAAGGCAGCCAAGCUACCUCGGUUCAUGUUUGAGGGAAGAGAGAUAAAAUUGGUGAUGACAUGUGCUGCCUUCAUCACUAUGAACCCCGGUUACGCUGGCAGAACUGAACUCCCUGACAACCUGAAAGCCCUUUUCCGACCCAUAGCCAUGAUGGUGCCCAACUAUGCUCUUAUCGCUGAGGUGAUCCUGUACUCUGAGGGCUUUGAGUCCAGUAAGACUCUUGCGAGGAAGAUGACUCAGAUGUACAAGCUCUGCAGUGAGCAGCUCUCUCAGCAGGAUCACUAUGACUUUGGCAUGAGAGCUGUCAAAUCUGUGCUGGUCAUGGCAGGGUCAUUAAAAAGAGAAAACCCUCACUUGAGCGAGGACGUUGUGCUGAUUAGAGCUCUGCGAGAUUCAAACCUGCCCAAGUUCCUCAAAGAUGAUGCAGUGCUUUUCAGUGGCAUCCUGUCAGACCUCUUCCCUGGCGUCACCAUCCCAGAGCAUGACUAUGGUGUCCUGCAUUCUACCAUUUACUCAUCUCUGUGCCAACGCUCCCUCCAGCCCCUCCCAAGCAUCAUAAGCAAGGUCAUCCAGCUCUAUGAGACCAUGUUGGUCCGCCAUGGGGUAAUGCUCGUGGGGCCCACCGGAAGUGGCAAGACAACUGUCUACCGUGUGCUGGCAGACACCUUGGAAACCCUGUAUCAUGCUGGCCACCAAAAUCCCUUCUAUCGCCUUGUUAAGACCUAUGUGCUCAACCCAAAGUCAGUGAGCAUGGGUGAGCUUUACGGGGAGGUGAACCCACUGACACUGGAAUGGCGGGAUGGUCUGAUGGCGCUUUGUGUUCGGGCAGCAGUUCAGGACUUCAGUGAUGACCACAAAUGGGUGAUCAGUGAUGGUCCGGUGGAUGCACUGUGGAUUGAGAAUAUGAACACAGUGCUGGAUGAUAAUAAGAUGCUCUGCUUGGCCAACAGUGAAAGGAUUAAGCUCACACCUUCCAUACACAUGAUGUUUGAGGUUCAAGACCUGGCAGUGGCGUCUCCUGCCACGGUAAGCCGUUGUGGGAUGGUGUACAUUGACCCAGAGGAGCUUAAGUGGAUGCCAUACGUUCAGACGUGGCUCACAGGUUUAGCUGAGAAGAUCACAGAGCCUGUACGUGGAUAUCUGAUGGAACUGUUUCAAAAAUAUGUGGAGAAGGGCCUGCAGUUUGUAUCAAAGCACUGUGUGCAGGCCAUUGGACAGGUGGACAUCAGUAAACUCACAACCCUCUGCUGCCUAUUGGAAGCGUUACUGUUCAGCGAUGGAGCCCCUAACCUCAAAAUGGAGUCCAGCAAGCUGAGCAGUAUGUUGUGUCAGACGUUUGUGUUUUGCUACCUGUGGGCAGUGGGAGGGAAUUUGAUUGACAGCCACUGGGACACAUUCGACACCUUCGUCAGGCAGCAGUUUGAGGACAACAGUGAUGCAAAAUUGCCCAGUGUAGGUGAUUUAUGGAGCGUGUAUAUGAACUUGGAUACUAAAUGUCUGGAGCCAUGGGAGAGGAUCAUUCCUUCCUUUAGCUAUAACAGUGAGCUGCCCUUCUUUGAGAUGCUGGUACCCACCACAGACACGGUGAGGUAUGGAUACCUGAUGGAAAAACUGCUGUCUGUCAAUCACUCUGUCCUCUUUACUGGCAUCACUGGAGUGGGAAAGUCUGUUGUGGCACGGGCAUUGUUGAACAGUGUCCAGGAAAAGGCAGGUUAUGUCUCCGUCUACAUCAACUUCUCAGCCCAAACUUCAUCAGCCAGAACCCAAGAAAUCAUUGAGUCAAAACUGGAGAAGAAGAGAAAGAAUAUACUUGGUGCUCCUGCUAAUAAAAAGAUUGUGGUGUUUGUGGAUGAUCUGAACAUGCCAAAGUUGGACAGUUAUGGCUCUCAGCCCCCUAUAGAGCUGCUCAGACAGUUUCAGGACUUCCACGGCUUCUAUGACAGAGAAAAGUUCUUCUGGAAGGAGAUACACGAUAUGACUAUAGCCGCAGCCUGUGCGCCUCCUGGUGGAGGUCGUAACCCUGUGACCCCUCGUUUCAUCCGCCACUUCAGCAUGCUGUGCCUCCCAACGCCCUCUGAGCACAGCCUCAAACAGAUUUUUAAGGCAAUUUUAGGGGGUUUCCUGAAUGAAUUUCCCAUAGCAGUGAAGCAGUCAGCUGACAACAUUGUGGAUGCUGCUGUUGAGAUCUACCAUCGAAUGAGUAUAGACCUGUUGCCUACGCCAGCAAAAUCUCACUACGUUUUCAACCUUAGAGACCUCUCUAAAUGUGUGCAAGGUAUGUUGCAGUGUGAGCCAACUACAGUGAGAGAUCAAACCCAGAUCUUCCGUUUGUUCUGUCACGAGUGUCAACGUGUCUUCCACGAUCGACUCAUCAACAAUGAGGACAAGAGCUAUUUCAAUACCAUGAUCUCUGAGAUGGCCAGUAAAUAUUUCAGCAUAAACAUAGAGCCAAUGUACUUUGUGAAUCAGCCCAUCAUUUUUGGAGAUUUCAUCAAGGUUGGAGCAGACAAGGCUGACCGUGUCUAUGAGGAUCUAACAGACAUGGAAAAGAUUCGCCAGGUGUUGCAGGACUACCUGGAUGACUACAACAUGACCUUUGCCAAGGAAACCAAGCUUGUGUUCUUCCAAGAUGCCAUUGAACACGUGUCUCGAAUCGCCCGCAUGAUUCGGCAAGAACGUGGCAAUGCCCUAUUGGUUGGUGUGGGCGGCACAGGAAAGCAAUCUCUAACACGUCUGGCUGCUCACAUGUGUGGUUACCGCUGCUUUCAGAUUGAGUUGAGCCGUGGUUAUAAUUAUGAGAGCUUCCACGAUGACCUGCGUAAACUUUACAAAAUGGCAGGUGUGGAAGGCCAGGACAUGGUCUUCCUCUUUACAGACACUCAGAUUGUGGUGGAAGAGUUCCUUGAGGACAUUAAUAACAUGCUGAACUCUGGGGAAGUACCAAACCUCUUUGAGAAGGAUGAACUAAAACAGGUGCUGGCUGCCAUUAGCCCCAAGGCCAAAGAGGCCGGCAUUUCUGAUGGAAACAGGGAUGAGGUCUUCCAAUUCUUUAUCUCUCGUGUGCGUGAGAAGCUGCAUAUAGUGCUGUGUAUGAGCCCUGUGGGCGACUCGUUCCGCUCACGUUGCCGCAUGUUCCCCUCACUAGUUAACUGCUGCACCAUCGACUGGUUUGUACAGUGGCCUCGUGAAGCUCUGCUUUCUGUGUCCCAGACCUUCUUCCAGAAUGUGGAGUUUGGCAGUGAGGAGAUGAAGCAGUGCUUUUCAGAGAUGUGUGUGGAGAUCCAUGUUAGCGUGACUGACAUGGCAGAACGUUUUUACUCUGAACUGCGCAGACACUACUACACCACACCCACCUCCUAUUUAGAGCUCAUUAACCUGUACCUAAGCAUGCUGGGAGAAAAGAGACAACAGCUGCAGGCGGCUCGAGAUCGUGUGAAAAAUGGUCUUACUAAAUUGCUGGAGACAAAUGAAGUAGUUGAGAAGAUGAAGCAAGACCUCUCUGCACUGGAACCUGUGCUUGAACAGAAAUCGAUCGAUGUCAAUGCUCUGAUGGAGAAGCUCGCUGUGGACCAAGAAAACGCUGACCAGGUGCGUAGGGUUGUGAAAGAGGAUGAAGCUUUAGCUAAGGUAAAGGCAGAAGAGACUCAGGCCAUCGCGGACGAUGCACAACGUGAUCUGGAUGAGGCUCUGCCUGCACUCGACAGUGCCAACAAGGCCCUGAAUGCCCUGGAUAAAGCUGACAUAUCAGAGAUCCGUGUCUUCACCAAACCACCAGACCUCGUCAUGACUGUGAUGGAGGCGGUGUGCAUCCUGCUCAGCAACAAGACAGACUGGGCCAGUGCAAAGCAGCUCCUGGGUGACGGCAACUUUCUGAAAAAGCUGAUGGACUACGACAAGGACAAUAUCAAACCUCAGAUUCUUCAGAAACUACAGAAAUACAUUAAUAAUCCAGACUUUGUGCCUGAUAAGGUGGAAAAAGUGUCCAAGGCCUGCAAGUCCAUGUGUAUGUGGGUGAGAGCCAUGGAUCUGUACUCGAGGGUUCUGAAGGAGGUUGGGCCCAAACGUGAAAAACUGGCUGCUGCUCAGGCCGAGUUGGACGUAACAAUGUCCACCUUGAAAGAAAAGCAAGAUAAACUACAAGAGGUGGAGAACCAAAUCAAAGUUUUGCAGGAGCAGUUUGAGUCCAGUGUGGCUGAAAAAGAGACGCUAGCUAAAACCAGGGCUCUGACUGAAGCACGUCUGGGUCGGUCGGGGAAGUUAACAUCUGCUCUGGGAGACGAGCAGGUGCGAUGGCAGGAAUGCAUUACUCUGUUUGAGCAGGAGAUCCACAACGUCAUUGGAAAUGUAUUCAUCGCUGCAGCUUGUGUGGCUUAUUAUGGAGCCUUCACCUCCCAUUACAGACAACUGCUUAUAGAUCACUGGAUCACACGCUGUCAAAACUUGGGGAUUCCAAUCAGUGACAACUUUAGUCUUAUCAGCAUUCUAGGAGAUCCCUACGAGAUCCGACAGUGGAAUGCCGAAGGGUUGCCACGGGAUAAUGUCUCCACAGAGAAUGGAAUCCUUGUGAUGCGGGGACGGCGCUGGCCACUCAUGAUUGACCCUCAAGAUCAGGCAAACCGCUGGAUACGAUCUAAAGAGGCAAAGAACGGUCUAAAGGUGAUCAAGCUAACCGACGCAGGCUUCCUCAGAACACUUGAGAACGCCAUCCGGCUGGGCAUGCCUGUACUUCUGGAGGAGCUAAAAGAAACUCUAGACCCUGCUCUGGAGCCCAUUCUUCUGAAGCAGACGUUUGUGUCAGGUGGCAGAACAUUGAUCCGACUGGGAGAUUCUGACAUUGACUAUGAUAAAAACUUCCGUUUCUACAUGACUACCAAAAUGGCCAAUCCCCACUAUCUUCCUGAGGUGUGCAUCAAAGUGACUAUCAUUAACUUUACUGUUACCAAGUCUGGACUGGAAGAUCAAAUCCUCAGUGAUGUAGUCCGUCUGGAGCGUCCUGACUUGGAAGAACAGAGAAGCCAGCUGAUAGUUCGCAUCAAUACAGACCGGAACCAGCUGAAAGCCAUUGAGGACCGAAUCCUCAAACUGCUUUUCACUUCUGAGGGCAACAUCCUUGACAAUGUGGAGCUUAUACAAACUUUACAAGAGUCAAAGGUGACAUCUCAGGCCAUUAAGUCUCGGCUGGUGGAGGCGGAGACGACAGAGGAGAUGAUCAAUGCAGCCAGAGAGAAGUAUCGCCCUGUUGCCACACGUGGCUCCAUCAUGUACUUUGUCAUUGCCAGCCUGUCUGAGAUUGACCCCAUGUACCAAUUCUCCCUAAAGUACUUUAAACAGUUGUUCAACAACACUAUUGAGUCAGCAGAGAAACACAGAGAUUUGAGCGUGAGACUACAAAUCCUGUUGGAUCAGACUCUGCUAAGUGCCUACACAAACGUGUCCCGUGGUCUUUUUGAGCAGCACAAGGCCAUCUACAGCUUCAUGCUGUGUGUGGAGAUCAUGAUGCAGAGGGGAGAGAUCUCCCAGCAGGAGUGGCAGUUCUUCCUGCGAGGGGCUGGAGGCAUGGAGAAGGAAUUGCCAGAGAAGCCAGAAGUGCCCUGGUUGUCUGAUUUUUCCUGGGAGACUUGUUGUAAUUUAGAAGACCGUCUGCCCUGCUUUAAAGGCAUUAAAGAAGAGAUGAUAUCCACACCUAUCUCUGUCAAACUGGGGCAACUGGAGGAAACGGUAAACCCGAAGCAAUGGGACGGGUAUGUUACUGACCUUCCUUCUUUCUCAGAAGACAUACCCUCUGAGAAACAGCCACAGGUCAGAGGUCACUGGAACCAGCGGCUUGGGGCUUUCCAGAAACUCAUCCUCAUCAAGAGUUUUAUGGAGGAGAAGGUUGUUUUUGCAGUGACUGAGUUUGUUAUUAUCGGUUUGGGACAACAAUUUGUGGAGAAUCCCCCAGUGGAUCUUGCAACCCUAUACACAGACAUGUCCCCUUCCAUUCCCCUGGUCUUCAUUCUAAGCACGGGUUCAGAUCCAAUGAGAGCAUUUCAGCGGUUUGCCAAUGAGAGAGGAUACCAGGAUCGGGUGAAAUCUAUCUCGCUGGGUCAGGGUCAGGGUCCUAUAGCAGAGAAGUUGAUUAUGGAAGCUAUGAAGAUUGGUAACUGGAUCUUCCUGCAAAACUGCCACCUUGCUGUGUCUUGGAUGCUGGCAAUGGAGGAACUCAUCAAAACCUUCAAUGAACCUGAUACUGUUAUUCAUGAGGACUUCAGACUGUUCCUUAGUUCCAUGCCUACCAAUGUGUUUCCUGUCACUGUAUUACAAAACUCUGUCAAGGUUACUAACGAGCCCCCAAAGGGUCUCCGUGCCAAUGUGAGACGUGCCUUUGCUGAGAUUGGCAGUACAUUCUUUGAGGAACACAUCCUUGGCAGGAAAUGGAGGAAGAUCAUUUUUGGAGUGUGUUUUUUCCACGCCAUCAUUCAGGAGAGGAAGAAAUUUGGUCCUCUGGGCUGGAACAUCCGUUAUGAAUUCAAUGACAGCGACAGAGAGUGUGCUCUUCUCAACCUAAACCUCUACUGCCAGACAGGACACAUACCCUGGGAUGCUCUUAUAUACAUCACAGGUGAGAUUACGUAUGGAGGCAGGGUGACGGAUGCCUGGGAUCAGCGAUGCUUACGCACCAUACUCAAGAGUUUCUUCUCUCCAGCCACAUUAGAGGAUGGCUAUACUUUCUCUAAAUCAGGGAUUUAUUUUGCUCCUGAUUCAGACAGCUUGACUGACUAUAAGCUUUAUAUUGAGGAUCUGCCUCUUAUUGAUGAUCCAGAGGUCUUUGGCAUGCAUGAAAACGCUAAUCUAGCCUUCCAGAGGCAGGAGACAAUGACACUAAUCUGCACCAUUCUGGAAGUCCAGCCCCGCUCCUCAGCAGCUGGUGGAGGGAAGAGCAAUGAUGAGGUGGUCCAUGAGCUGGCUGACUCCAUCUUAGCAAAGAUCCCUGAGAAAUUAGAUAUGGAUGCAGCAGUGGAGAGUCUGUUCUUGCAAGACUCGAAUGGUAGAGUUAACUCCCUAACCACUGUGCUCGGACAGGAAGUAGACCGCUUUAACUUCCUGUUGCGUGUGCUGAAGAGUUCGCUAUGUACUCUGCAGAAGGCAAUAGCAGGUCUAGUGGUGAUGUCAGAAGAAAUGGAGAAGAUUUAUAACAGUUUCCUGAAUAACCAAGUUCCUGUUCACUGGUCUAAUGCCGCUUACCCAUCUCUCAAACCUCUCGGCAGCUGGGUUAGAGAUCUCACCCUGCGCACUGCAUUUAUAGAGAGUUGGAUCACAAGAGGUCAGCCCAAGUCUUUUUGGAUUUCUGGAUUCUUUUUUCCACAAGGAUUCCUCACAGGUGCACUGCAGAAUCAUGCACGUAAAUACAACCUGCCCAUUGAUGAGCUGAAUUUUCGUUUCAACAUGGUACCAGUGUACAGAGACCAGACCCUUGUCACUGAAGCUCUGAAAAGCCUUGAGCCAGGGAAGGAACUUGACAUGGACAAGGAGCUUCCCACCAUGGAAGAUGGUGUGUUGGUUCAUGGGAUGUUCAUGGAUGCUUGUCGCUGGGAUGACAUGAACAUGGUUAUUGAAGAUGCGCUGUCAAGGGUGAUGAACCCCAUGUUGCCUGUGGUGCAUUUCGAACCUCAGCAAAACUAUGUUCCUGAGCCCACUCUCUACCACGCACCACUGUACAAGACCUCGGCUCGUGCUGGAACUCUGUCUACUACAGGCCACUCCACAAAUUUUGUGGUAACUGUGAUGUUGCCAUCCAAUCGGCCCAGUGACUACUGGAUCUCAAAAGCCUCUGCACUACUCUGCCAACUCAAUGAAUAAGCAAAGCUUUACUUCUUGACUUUAGAUCCUUUCUCAAGACAGCUUUUAGUGUUUUUGAGCAUAAGUAACAUUAAAGAAUUAAAGAAUUAAAAAAAAAAAACAUUAAGCAUUAAGAAUGAAUUAUAAAUCAACUGUAAUGUUGCUUUUUUCCUAAAUGCAGCUCUAAAAUGAAUAAAUGCAUCUACAAUA